AUGGCCGACAGAGUCAAGCAGGUCGCGGCAGAGGAGUCCAAAAAGGUCAAAGAGAUGACAACAGAUGCAGUGCGGUCUCGAGCCUACAUCUAUCCCCUCAAGGGCAUUCUUUAUUUCGUCUCUCACCGAGACCUUUGGAGCCCGUUGACCUCCAAACUCGCUCCCACUCUCACCCUAAGUCUUGGUGUUACGACUUUCAUGUUCCUUGUGGCCUAUCUCCCUCAAGCUGCCAUCAUGGCAUUCACCUCCGGCCCGGUGGCAGCCAUCAGUGCAGCCCUACUCACUCUCAGUGAGAGUUCCACCAUUAUCAAUCUGUUAUCUAGGACAUUUAUGAUUGAAGAUGCAUUGGUAGAUACCUUUGAUGGGACCUUGUUGUCGAGGGAGUGCACCAACCUCGUCUCUGAGGGCAGACAGGUCAAGGCCGGAGGCGACAACAUUGCGCGGUUAGGGAAGCUGCUCAAGAAGCCCUUUGCCAAAUUCUCACCCAAUGCCAUCAUCCGCUACGUUCUCUACCUGCCUCUCAAUUUCAUUCCCGUAGUCGGGACUGUUAUAUUCAUUGUUCUACAAGGAAAGCGAGCCGGACCUGCAGCUCAUACCCGCUACUUCCAGCUCAAGGAAUGGAAUAAGAGACAACGAGAGAUCCACAUCGAGGAGCACCGUGGGGGUUAUACGUCAUUCGGAGUUGCAGCAUUUCUUUUGGAGAUGAUACCUUUCGCCAACCUAGUCUUUGCAUUUACCAACACGGUUGGUGCAGCACUGUGGGCGGCCGAUCUGGAGAAGAAUGCCCCACCGCCUGAGAGUGCGCGUGAAGAGCUUAAGAAGGCGCAAUGA